GUUGAGGAAGAAGUCUGUCCAAAAUGGCGGGGCUGUCCUCACCUCUCCGCGUUUGCAGGGGAAUACUAAAAGAGAUCCGAGCAAUUAAAGGACCAGAAUACAAACAGACUUUGGCGUACAAUUACGUUUUCCAACAAUUCCGUAAAAAUCUGAUCACCAGUGAGAGAUAUUGCCGUGCUCAGGAAGAGGCUCUACAUGCUUCCCAUACCUACCUCUGUCUGCUCAGCUCCACACGACAACACAUUGCUCUCUAUGACAUGUACCAUGGGAAAGGUCAGCGUGGCACAGAGGAGAUGGCAGGAAUAGUGGGACUCCGGCUGCCCACUCAGCCCGGAGGGAAGGGCUGGGAGAAGUAAGAAGGAGGGAAAAGCCUCUUGCCACACCAGAGGAAUAUAAUCAUCACGGUGGACCUAAUGCUAUUUUACUCAGAAGAGACAAACUCUGCAAUGAACAAGGACUCUGAAUUGUCAUGAUCCAAUUGAGGAUAGAAACUAUUAAGAAUUAUGAAAUUCUCAAAUAUCUCUACCACCACUCACUUGGUGUCUGUAAGGCUGGAAACAAUGGAUCUACUUAAAUAUUUAUUUGUGGCUCAUUAAGCGCACUGAAUCACUGUAAUUUGUUGUCUUGCAAUCCAUAUUCUGCUAGUACCUGUUAAUAAUUGAACAUUAAAUUAAAUGUAUUCAGUGUGAUACCAUAAAUAAUGCCACAUCUCUC